UUCCAGUUGGUCGCUUACCUUUUGUUGUUAGCGAGGUGUCGCGGGGCAUCUCGUGUCCUAUUCCGCUGCGCUGACAGAGCAGCAGCGGAACGCACUGAGCGCACAUCGCCAUGGCGUCGGAAGAAGUGCCCAAGACCUGCAAGGUCAUUCUUGCAGACACAAUAGCCAAGAAGCUCCUGGCUGAAGUCAGGGAGACAUUGGCCAGCGUUCAGGGCCCUGAAUCCUCAAAACCCACCUUGGUUGCCUUCCUGGCCAACGGUGAUCCUGCCGCCGACCAGUACGCCGAGUGGUCCAAGAAGACAUGCGAGGAGAACGGCUUCCACUUUGAUCUCCGCAAGGUCGAUAAGGAGGACCUUGAAGAGGCCAUCGUGGCCGCGAACCAGGACGACUCCGUCGAUGGUAUCCUUGUCUACUACCCGAUCUGGCGGAACAAUAAGCAGCAGGACCGGUACAUCCAAGAGACCGUCGCCCUCUCCAAGGAUGUCGAGGGCCUCUGCCACACCCACCUCUUCAACAUGUACCACAACGUGCGCUUCCUCGAUCCGCCCACCAACCAGAAGAAGUCCAUCCUUCCGUGCACCCCGCUCGCCAUCGUAAAGACGCUCGAGCAUUUGCAGAUCUACAAUCCGAUUUUGGCCUAUGGCAACCGCCUCUUUGGCAAGACCAUCACCGUCAUCAACCGCAGCGAGGUCAACGGCCGUCCACUGGCCGCGCUGCUGGCCAACGACGGCGCCACCGUCUACAGCGUCGACAUCACUGGCGUACAGGUCUUCACCCGCGGCAGCGGCAUCCGCGCGCCGCGCCAUCAGGUCCACGACAAGGAGGGCUGGGAGCUCAAGGACGUCCUGCCGCUCAGCGACGUUGUUAUCGCCGGCGUGCCGAGCGAAGACUUCAAGGUGCCGACCGAGCUGCUCCGCGAGGGCGCCGUGUGCAUCAACUUCUCGAGCUACCGCAACUUCGACGGCCCGGCGGUGAAGGAGAAGGCCAGCAUUUACGUGCCCAGCGUCGGCAAAGUGACUAUUGCCGUGCUGUUGCGGAACCUGGUGCGCCUGAUUGCCAACCGGCCGCGACCCGAAGGGGCAGCUGAUGCAGCUAUCGAGAAAGCGAGGAAUGAGGCGUUUAAGGAUGGUUGAUGGUGACUGACGACCAUCCCCGGCGUUACGUUAUGUGUCUGGCUACGUGAAAAGCUCAGGAUACAAGGGCGAAAAACGGAUUGAUAUACAGAGACGUUAGAAGACCAUCUGCUUGAUACUCAGAUAAAUCAAACAUGAUUAGAU